AGGGUGGGGCUUCUUUUUCCUCUUCCUCUCUCUCUCUUCCCCACUCUCCCCCUCUCUCUUUAUUACAGAUAAUGUCAGCUCUCUCUGAAUUUGUAAAGCAUGCAAGCGAGCACAUUAAGGAAUUGGAUGAAGGCAUUCUUGCCACUCGCCUAGUGGUUGGCAAUGAGUCCUGUGAUCUUGAUUCUGUUGCCUGCUCUCUGUCUCUCGCUCAUUUUUACUGGUCAACUAUUAGUUCCUCUUUCUUCUCCCUCCCUCUUCUAAACUGUCUCAGGGAGGACCUCUCAUUACGUCAGGACAUUGUCUGGCUACUGAAUCAUCUUAAAAUUGACUCGUCUUAUUUCUUGUUCCUCCCCGAGGUCUCCCUCUCUGAUUUGCCACACCCUCGGGUGACUCUUGUUGAUCACAAUGUACCGGACGAGAGCAUAAGACCUUAUGUUGAUGAGAUAAUCGAUCAUCAUGACGAUGCCCUCACCUUUGAAUGUUAUCGUGUCAUAGAGCCGGUCGGUUCUUGCUCUACGCUGGUAGCUGAGAAACUUUUAAGCUCUGAGGAUUACGAAAUGCCAAACGAUGUGGCAACAUUUUUGCUGUCAGCCAUUUUGAUAGAUACGGGUAAUUUGAAGAUAGAGACCAGAGUGACGGAGAAGGAUGUUGAGAUUGCGGGGAAAUUAGGAUCUUUCGUUAGCUUAUCAAGUGAUCAAUUAUACUACAAUGUACUGACAGCUCGUGAAGAUGUAAGCGACUUGACAGCUCUUCAGAUACUCAGAAAGGAUUUUAAAAAGUCCGAAGCUGGUAACUUCAUCGUUGGUUUCUCGUCAAUGACACUAUUAGUGACGGACUUUCUGGCAACAAAAAUGAACGCCACGAGCGAUUUGGAGCUAUUUUCAUCACAGCAAGAGCUCCACAUACUAGUUCUAUUGAGCAUACAGCUGAAACCACUUCGGAGACAAAUAGCACUCUAUCAGCGUCCUGGGCUCCCUCCAGCGAGUGUUCCGGCAGAUCUCGUAGACUCUAUAGCGGCCAGUCUUGAGGCCGACCAUCAGUUGCAGGUGGAGAGGAUCGGAGAGGGUCUCUUUGACGGUAUCAUAAUGGAACAAGGGAACACCUCAUUCUCGCGUAAACAGAUCCUACCUCUCAUCAUGUCCUGUCUGACCGACUCACCUCCAGACGAAGUUAAGACUCAUAGGUUGAGGGGUUUCCCAAGAUCUGAGACUAUAUAUCUCGAAGACCCUCCACCUCUUCCACUCCCUGCGUCCGUGAAAGAGGAUGAGAAGGAAAGAGAGAAGGGGAGAGAGGAGAAAGGGGAACGGGAAACGACCGGUGAAGAGGAGGGACAGUUAGAACCACACCUGACAGCCAGUCAACAAGGCAGUCUGCUACAGUUAGAAAGUAUCAGUGCACGACUAGGAGAGAGCAUGGAUUCCUUUGCACUGGCUCAAGACAGCGACGAAGAAAGAAACAAGACUCCCUCACCAAAUGCGUCUCUUUCUAAUCUAGCGGAUCGUAGCAUUAGUUCAAUCGAUGAUCCUCAUCCACAUCCUCUUGAACCUCAGGUCAUUGUGUCGUCUCCAGCUGCUAUCCUCCCACAAGAAUCUGAUGUACCGCCUCCUGCUAUUCCUGAGUACACGCCAGAGGAGGAGAGUAAGGACACAAGGGACUUUAGACUAGUCAUGAUAGGAGGAGAGGAGAGACGGAUAAGUCUUAAACUGAUUGAGCUGUAUCGCCCUAUUGUACAACAUGGAGGCUAUCUUGGGAAUGAUCAGACAGCCAUUGUUGUCAUCAGCUCGUUUUAUCUACCACCAAAAAGUCUACGGAAUUAUCCUCAAGUUAUUUCACAGCUUUUCUUUUAUGUUCUCUCAGUGGUUGAAAAGCUUGUUGUUGAUGAUUAUGUGAUAGUCUAUCUGCACAGUGGAGCCCCUAGGAACAGCAUGCCUGGCAUUCAGUGGUUCCAUCGCUUCUAUAGAAUGAUUGAUAGAAGGUUGCGUAAAAAUUUGAAAAACUUGUUUAUUGUUCAUCCAUCGUUUUGGGUCAAGACAAUGCUUCGGCUUUUAAGACCUUUCAUCAGUCGCAAGUUUUACAGAAAAGUCUCUCACAUCAAUAGUCUGAAGGAGCUCAACGAACAAGUUAAAUUAGAUGCAAUGCUCAUACCAGAGGCUGUGAGAAGCGUUGAUCAUCACCUGAAUCCGUCCCAUUAUUUAGAAAAACCAGAUUCACCAACAAAUGAGAAGUAAUUAAAAGGACAAAAACCAAUUAUUAGAAAGCACUACAGCACCCCGUCAUUAAUUAUAAUUAAUAAUUAUUAUUGUUGUUAUUAUUAUUCCAAUUUGUACUUCUGAGAGGCAAGUAGUUUCAUUUGUUGUUGUUUUUGUUGAUUAUGUGGAUAUUGUUGUCAUUUUGUAGUAUAAUUGUUAAUUAUUGUUGAUUUGUGUUCCUUUUUUGCUGUGUAAUUUUUACAACAUGA